AUGGCUGAAGAAAUACAGAAAAAGAUGCAAAAGGAGUUGGAGAUGUUUAGUGGAGUACAAAAAGAAUACAAAAUAGCCGUAUCACAAAAACAACAGUUAGACAGUCAAUUAAAUGAAAAUAAAGCUGUUAAAGAGGAACUCCUGUUGCUUAAGAAAGAUGCAGAAGUUUACAAACUUAUCGGUCCUGUAUUGGUUAAGCAAGACUUAGAAGAAGCUAAACAAAACGUCAAUAAACGAAUGGAAUAUAUCACCAAAGAAAUAAGAAGGACGGAAGGGCAUAUAUCAGCUUUAGAAAACAAGCAAGACGCAAUUCAGACUAAUCUUAAUAAGCUGAAGAAUAACCUGGGAAAUUUAAAAAUAUCUGUUUAA